CGACGUAAGGGCGCUCAGCGAGCCCGUCUCUUCUCGAAUGAAAGGAAACAACCUCCGGCGACAGAACCCCGCUCCCAGGCGCUGCCGGAGAACCAAGACCGAGUUCUUUCUCUUUCCCCUCAUUGGCGCUUCUCCCCUGCCGUUCGCCUCUGGGCCCCGCUGCAUUUCUUGAGACAUAAAGUGGCAUUCUAAAGGCAAUUUAAAAAUCAUGUCAAGCUCAGUUGAACAGAAAAAAGGGCCUACAAGACAGCGCAAAUGUGGCUUUUGUAAGUCAAAUAGAGACAAGGAAUGUGGACAGUUACUAAUAUCUGAAAACCAGAAGGUGGCAGCACACCAUAAGUGCAUGCUCUUUUCAUCUGCUUUGGUAUCAUCACACUCUGAUAACGAAAGUCUUGGUGGAUUUUCUAUUGAAGAUGUCCAAAAGGAAAUUAAAAGAGGCACGAAGCUGAUGUGUUCUUUGUGCCAUUGUCCUGGAGCUACAAUUGGUUGUGAUGUGAAAACAUGUCACAGGACAUACCACUACCACUGUGCAUUGCAUGAUAAAGCUCAGAUACGAGAGAAACCUUCACAAGGAAUUUACAUGGUUUAUUGCCGAAAACACAAGAAAACUGCACAUAACUCUGAAGCAGCUGAUCUAGAAGAAAGUUUUAACGAACACGAACUGGAGCCCUCAUCACCUAAAAGUAAAAAGAAAAGUCGCAAAGGAAGGCCGCGAAAAACUAAUUUUAAAGGACUGUCAGAAGAUACCAGGUCCACAUCCUCCCAUGGAACAGAUGAAAUGGAGAGUAGUUCCUAUAGAGAUAGGUCUCCACACAGAAGCAGCCCUAGUGACACCAGGCCUAAAUGUGGAUUUUGUCAUGUAGGGGAGGAAGAAAAUGAAGCAAGAGGAAAACUGCAUAUAUUUAAUGCCAAGAAGGCAGCUGCACAUUAUAAGUGCAUGUUAUUUUCUUCUGGCACAGUCCAGCUCACAACAACAUCAAGAGCAGAAUUUGGAGAUUUUGAUAUUAAAACUGUACUUCAGGAGAUUAAGCGAGGAAAAAGAAUGUUAUCAAGAAUUUGCGGCACUCGUUUCAUCUAUGCCUUUUAUUCUUGUUGCUUGAAGUAUUUUAAAGCAGAGCUGAGACUUCAUAUCAUUUCACCUCUACAUAUUUCAAAAUGUACACUUUGCAGUCAGCCCGGUGCUACUAUUGGAUGUGAAAUAAAAGCCUGUGUUAAGACUUACCAUUACCACUGUGGAGUACAAGACAAAGCUAAAUACAUUGAAAAUAUGUCACGAGGAAUUUACAAACUAUAUUGUAAAAAUCAUAGUGGAAAUGAUGAGAGAGAUGAAGAAGAUGAGGAACGAGAGAGUAAAAGCCGGGGAAAAGUAGAAAUUGAUCAGCAACAACUAACUCAGCAGCAACUUAAUGGAAACUAGGUUCAUGGGACAGAGUUAGAAAACUGGGAAUGAAUAAGACAUCCAUAACUACUAUUCUUUUUUCACUGUUUUCUAAAAUCAAAAAGGGUUUGUAACUUUUUACUGCCCAACUCUUAGAUCCUUCAUUGAACUGCCUAAAAACAUCAUGUUUGUUUUAUGAGCCUUCACUAGAUGGCAGAGUUUGACAUGUUGAUAUUACGUAGCUGUAGUUUGCAGUUUCUGGGAAGCAAUUGAAACACUAUUAACCCUGUGUAUAGUGUCAACAGUUAAAGCAGACAUUGAAAUGAAGUAAGCUAUAUUUCUGGACUGAACAAAGUUCUACUGUUUAGAGUGUCUAAGUUUGUUUAGUGGAUUCAUACUCAAGGGAAAGCAUAAGCAAAUUUCACUUUACAGUGCAAACACGCCUCUGGUGGCAGCACAUGGGAAUUUGUGAAUUUUUUUUCCACACUCAAGUAAUGGAGGCUAGAAAUGAAGAGAACCUUCUUUUUCUCUUGGCUUCGACAGCACAUGCUAAAAAUCUCUUCCAAGAAGUGUGCUAAAGCUUUUCAUUUGGUUCCUGUUAAAGUUGUUCUCACUGACCAGCAUGGACUCAGGCAACCGGUGAUUAUAAGCUCUGAGCUCCAGUGCUUAUGGCAAAAUUCUCUUGACAGUAACCCUCUUCUCUUUUCAUGUCAUACAAAGAGCUUCUAGCAAAAUGAUUGGAUCCUUUCAAGUUUAAACUAACAUUUGGCAACAGCAAAUUAAGCCUCUUUAACCUUUAAAGCGUUACCACUUACUAAGGACUUCAGCCACCGUGUCUGAAACCCGUUCCUCUCAAGUGCCGUGUUGUUGUGGAACACUUCAUAUAUUGGCCCAAAGUACGUAAGGAGAUCUCAUGUGCUGUAGAAGUAAAAAAAAAAAAAAAAAACAGUCUUUGCAUAAAACAGUAUUUAUUUUUAAUUUUGUGACCACUAUUUUAGAAACUUUAUUUAAUAUUUUUAAUGUUUUCAUUCAUUGCUUUGCUUAUCUAUAAAAUAGGCUUCUGUGCCCUAUUUUUCUUCUGGUAGGGUUCAGUGUUGUUUUAUUGAUCAUCAGAAUUGUUCCUCAAAGCCUAAGAACCCAGCUUUUUAGAAAGGAUUUUCACACUGGCAUUUCUAGCUAGUGAUAUUUUCUUCCACUUACCUGCUGAAGCACAUUUAUAUAUUUCUUUAUGGCAAAACCAAAAAAUUUUAGUUGUGUUCUGCCGAAUAUUACCAUAGCACCUCAAUAUCAAGGGUAGGGAUUCUGAUUUCUGAAUUAUUAGUUAACCUACCACAUUAAAGCAAAUUAGCCAACAAGAAAUAACAUGUUAACUUGACUGUACAUUGAGAUAUUCUUCAGCUUAUGGAAAAGCAUUUUAAAAAUGUAACAGGUGGAAAAUUACACUGUGCUUAACGACUGAAUUUUUUUAACUGCUAGUCCCUUAAAGUCACAUUUGUCAAGUGUGUAUUCACACAUUUACUUAAAUCAAGGGACUCGAUGAUUGCUUUAUUUUAACCAUCUUUUAUUAUUUUUAGAAGGAAACUAGCUUUAGUAGUGGAUUGCCCUAUAUGUUUUUCUCCUUUUGCUCUAAAUAUACCAUUGGAUUUUGUGUGUGUGUAUGUGAUGAAUUUUCAAAAUUCACCAUGACUUGAAGUGCAACGACAGAUCUAGAUGUUUGUUUACCAAGCUAUGUGACUUUUCCCAAAGGAUCUGUACUUUAUUUCCUUACAGCAGCUUGAAACCCAUUAUGUUAAAUCUUUGAAUCACUGUGUCUAGAUCAUUUUUACAUUGUGUGCCAUAGACUUACCCAUGGAAUAAUAGAGCACCUUCAUUUUUGGACAACUACUGUAAUGAUGUUUUUAGGAAAAAUGGAAGGUGCCGGGGGUAAUAAUGGCCAGUCAAUAAUCAUGUAAUGGACUUCAAAUACAAUAGCUGUCAGUUAAUGAAUUUGUUAUGUAAUAAACUGUGUGGGUUUCUUCAACCCUUUCUCUGCCACUAGCAACCAGAAUAGCACUUUACCAUUUGGUUGGCUAGAUAAGUGGCUGGCUACCUAUUUUUCUCACUGUGGUGUGAUUGGCUAAAUAGUCUUUCAUUAAAAAUUGAAAUGUAAAUUGAAGUCACAUGAAAAAUCACCUUUGGUUGUAAACCUCCAAUAUUUUGAUUCUCUAUCAUGUUUUCGUCACAUGCUGAGUAAAAGUGCCUUACAAUGUAAAAAUUGUACAGUACUUAUGUUCCCGAGUAGCAUCAUCAUGUUCUGGGUAGUAAUUACAUCGUGGUAUGACUAUUUAGAAAAAUGGACCUCAGCAGUGUAUUUACUGUUCAUCUCCUAAGUCCUUAACUGUAGUUUUAAUAAGCAUGACAUUAUUUGAUAAGUAUAUAACAUUUACAUCAUUUCAAAAAAUACUGUCUUUUAUGCGUAUUUUUGCUUGAAAUUUUGAAGCGUCUUUUCUUUUCUCCUGUUUUCUUUUUUCCCUUUUUUGUUUUGUUUUCGUUAUCGAUAUUAAACAGUGUAAUCUUUGCAAGCGUAUAUUGAAGAUUAUUCUGGAGCAUUUAUUGCCUUACCAGAAAUGUUAGUAAGAAAUGUUCUUUAGAGUAGAAAGAUAGACUUGAGUUUCUAUACUUUAAUAAGAGCUCUUUGUUCCUGGGGGGAGGGGGGAUGGGAGGGGUGAGUUUUACUUUCAUCUCAGUUUAUUAAAUACCCACAACUGAAAUACAUUUUAUUUCAAGGAUCAUGAAUUUUAGAAUUUCAGAUAGUACUUGCUCAGGAGUACAUGCUACUCAAGAUAUUAAGAGAAUAACAAGAUAUGUAGAUCUACUGUUGAAUCAGAAUCUAUGUACUUGAACAAAUGUGUGACUCAAAUAUCUCAAAGCAAAAGAAAAGUGUUCUAGAAUGUUGUUGCUUUUUUAAAAAGCACUAAAGUUAGACCAAGGUAUACAGUUUUGUUCUAACAGACAUUUAGAUUAAUUGUAAAGAUAAGGAAUGCAUUAUGGGUCAAAAUCAAACAUUCCUCUCAUGUUAUGUAUAUUUUGUUCCUGUUAUAUUGGCUUUAUUUUCAGAAUUGUAGUUUGUAGUAUUAGUUUCCUUUUAUUGGUAUUCUUGCAUAUACUAUUCAUUCAAUAAAUGAAUUAUGACUUUCA